AUGGGUCAAACUGCAGUGCUUCCUCGCAGGAGGAAGGACACGUAUGUCCUGGAACUUCACGUAUGGUACAGAAAAUUCAUCAAGGAAUGUCCCAGUGGGCUGAUCACCCUGCACGAGUUCCGGAGACACUUUUGUGAUGGGACUGUGGGUCCUGGAUCCUCGGAGUACGCUGAGCAGAUCUUCAGGACUUUGGAUGAUAACAGGGAUGGUAUGGUGGAUUACCGGGAGUACGUGACUGCUGUCAGCCUGCUGGUUCAGGGCACAGCCGAGGAAAAGCUGAAGUGGUCCUUUAAACUCUACGAUAAAAACAAGGACGGGGCGAUCAGCUGGGCGGAGAUGUUGGAGAUCAUGCAGACCAUCUACAAGAUGAGCCUGGCGGUGUCACCAACUAGAGUUGACCCACAGACAGCUGAGGAAUGCACCAACCGGAUGUUCAGGCGGCUGGACAAGGACAGAGAUGCUGUCAUCAGCCUGAAGGAAUUCAUCGAGGGAGCACUGGGAGAUGAGUGGGUCCGGGCGAUGCUGGAAUGUGAUCCAAACACCGUCGAGGUUCCGCGAUCCACCUAA